AUGAAAGGAGUUUCUAAAUUGAAAUAUAGAAUUGUGUAUUGUUCAGGUGAGGAUCCAGAUUACCCAGUGACUGAAUUACUUACUUAAACACCAUAAAGCAGAGGAUGGUAAACACCAAAAUAUUGUGAAUAUCCUUAAGAAAUAGCAAUUUAAUUUGUUAGUGCUGCAAGGGUAAGAUAAGUAUAAUUCUUGUCUCAUCAUUGCAAGAUAUCAACUAAAGUAAAAUAUAUUAAGACUCCUUUUAGAUUGAAUUAUAUGUUCACAUGCCAGAUAAGAAUAUACCUCCACAAUACAAUCAAAUCAAAUAUAAGAAAUUAGGAUAUCUCUCCCUUGAUUCUAAUGAGAGAGGAGGAUAUCAAGCAAGAGAAUUAAAAAGUGUGUAUAUUGAUACGCCUUGUUUAUUUAUGAAAUUUGUAUUUCAAAAAUGCUUUGUAAACAAAUUUAAUCUCUUUAACUAAAUUGGAGUAAUUGCACUAUCCGUAUUUGGUGAACCCCUUGAUUCUCCUCCUGGAUAUGGUUAGAUGAAAUAAAAAGAAUUUUAUAAUGAAAUUUAAUUUGAAACAUAAUUUGAUCAAAAUACGCUUGAAAGAUUGCGAAUGUUAGAGGAAGCAAAAGAUAAAGGUAUUUAUUAAGUAGAAUAAAAAAAGCUGUUUAGAGAGAAGAUUUCAUGGAAGCGAAGAGAAUUAAAGAAGCAAUUGAGAGAUUGAAAUAGAUUGGAGUUCAAUUAAGAACAUUAGAAGAAAGAAAGGCUGUAGCAAUAUAAAAUGAAGAUUAUGAUUCAGCUAGCAUAAUAAAAUAGGAAAUAGAAAAAUUAAGAAAUGCUGUAGCUCCAGAUUCAAUGAUACGAAGACCAGAUAGUGCAGUAAUAAUUAAUAAUAAUUUUAGUAAUAUUAAUAACCUGUCUAUUAGCCAUAGUAAUAAUUCUAAUAGCAAUAAUAAUAAUAAUAAUAAUAAUAAUAAUAAUACUACUAAUAAUAGUAAUAAUAAUAAUAUUAACCACCACCAAUUUAAUCAUAAAUGGCUUAUGCACCUCCUUAUUAACCUCCUCCUUAAUAGAUGCCAAUAUAAGGAGAAGAAAUGAUUUCAUAAUCUCAAUUUGAAGAAUAGAGAGCAGAUCCUUCAUAAAUGAGAUAAAAAAGAGUAGCAAAAGAGUUGAAUUAACAUCAUGAAGAUAUGAUUGUACCAGCUGCUUUAAAAAAAUAAAAUAAUAAUUAAUAUCCUGAUGAUGACAGACAAUAGUAAUAAUAAUGUAUGUUUAAUUGUUGUUCUUAGAUACAACUGAACCAUUAACAGGAGAGAGUCUAUAAAAAGCAGAACCUUUAAUUCCUAUUUUAACAGAGGAAUUUUGUUAAAAAAUAUUUAGUAAAUAAUGGGGAGCUAGAGAAGAUGGAUUAAAAUGGUUGGAAGAUUAGAUUGGAAGACCAACUUAAGUGAAUUCUUAGGAUCCAUCUAUAUUCUUUUUAAGUUCAAUUGCUUCUAUUAACUAUACUCUUGGUGAUAAAGUUGCUGCUGUUUCAGUAAGAAGUUUAAGUGUUCUUUAAUCAUUACUUGCAAAAUAUCCAAGAAUAAAAAUUAAUAAGAGUGCUGAAUUCAAUGAACAUAUAGAUGGAAUAUUAUAAUCACUAAUGGAGAAACUAGGAGAAUAAAGAAAAGAAUAAGCUGAGAAUGCAUUCUUGUAAUUUGCAGAUCACCCAUCUGUUGGUCCUGCUAUUUGUGUUUAACAUUUAAUUAAAGGUUUUGUUGGUAAAUCUAAAUUGUAAAGCUCUACCAAACAUAUCGUUGGGAGAUUGGCUAUGCUAACAGAAUUAGUUAAGAAAUAUGAAAUCAAUAAUGCUAAUAUGCCAUAUUAACCUAUAGUCGACUUUGCUGUCAAAUUAUUGGAUGAUAAAGUAUUCUGUUAUUAAAUUCAAUUAGAAUGAACCAAUUAGAACAUAAGCUAUCUUACUUUUGGUAGAAGUGUAUAAGUUUUCAGGAAAUAGACUUAAGCAAUCAUUAACUAAUGUAAGAUAAGCACAAUUAGAUGUUUUAGAAGAAUUCUUUAAUAAAAUUGAUGGAGGAGGAGAUAAUGAUGAUCAACCGUAAAUUAAUUAAUAAAGAGCUGUCAUUUAAACUAAUAUUGAAACUUAAGGAGCAAAAAAGGGUAAUCAGAAUUAAACAUAAAAUUAAAAAUAAUAAUAACAGAAAUAAUAAUAAUAACAAUAACAAUAUGAAUAAAAUAAUACAGCCAAAUGUGAUUAUUGUGAUAGAGCUGAUCCAUCAUUUAGAGAUGCAGAUUAGAUAGAUAAACAUCUUUGGUCUGAAUGUCCUAUGUUAGUUACUUGUUCUUAAUGUGGAUAAGUUAUUGAAAUUUCUGAAUUAACUAACCAUUUAUUAAGUGAAUGUGAUCAUAAAAGAAAAUUUAAGAGAUGUCCUAAAUGCAAAGAAGCAAUUCUUAUGAGUGGAUAUGAUAAGUAAAUUAUAGAUUAAAAUUAGACAUUUAGAAGAUUGUAAAGGUAGAAAUGAUAAUACAACAGUGAGAUGUCCUUUGUGUCAUUAAGAUUUAAAAUUAGAGAAGAACACAUGGAAAAAUCAUUUAAUUAAAAAAGGAUGCCUUAAUAAUGAAAGAACUGCAGAUUGA